AUGUCCGGCUUCAACAACGCUUCGUUCAAGCUGCCGACGGUUGCGAACGAGCCCAACAAGCAUUACACCCCCGGAUCGCCCGAGCGAGAGGCGUUGUCCCAGGAGCUCAAGGCAAUGCAAGCCGCUGCUCCGUUCCAUGUCCCUGCUUUCGUGAACGCCAAGGAGGUGAGUAAAGCUUCCUAUUUCCGAGAACGGGGUAACGUGUCGAUCUGCCGAGCCCUGCUGUGGCACGGCACAGAGGUGUAUGAUUUCCUUUUGCCAAGAGUGCGGAAACUGACCAUUGUGAAAGCUUUUCACCUACGCUUUUCAGGUCCCCGGUUCAGGUCCCAAGACCGAACAAGUGAUGCCCCACAAGCACAAGUCGGUGCUCGCUACUUUCUCCACCUCGUCGCCCGAGCUCGCGUCCGAGGCGAUCGAUGCUGCGCUCAAGGCCAAGCCCGAGUGGGAGUCGAUGCCGUUCAGCGAUCGUGCGGCCAUCUUCCUCAAGGUGAGUGGUCAAGAGUUCAGAGAUUGGCAUUGAAUUAUGAGCUUGUAGCUGAUUGUGCGCGUGGGUAUAGGCUGCGGACCUCGUUUCGGGCAAGUACCGCGCCAAGCUCUGCGCCGCGACGAUGCUCGGACAGGGCAAGAACGCGUGGCAAGCCGAGAUUGACGCUGCCGCCGAAGUGAGUCGAUUGAGCAGCUGGGUAUCAAAGCAACUGAGAGCUGAUUCGUCUGCUUUUGUGGCCUUGCAGCUCGCGGACUUCCUCCGAUUCGGCUGCGCUCAGGUCGAGCAGCUCUUCAAGAUGCAGCCGACCGAGAACUCGCCUGGCGUGUGGAACCGAGUCGAGUUCCGUGCUUUGGAGGGCUUUGUCUUUGCUGCCACUCCUUUCAAGUGAGUGGAGUCUUUGACGAAAAGUGUCCAACCUACACACUCAUGCUGACUCGCUUCUACUCUUUCCACCCUUCUCAAGCUUCACCGCCAUUGGUGGCAACCUUGUCUUCGUUCCCGCCUUGCUGGGCAACGUCGUCCUGUGGAAGCCCUCCCCUGGCGCGACUUACGCCUCGUGGAUCGUGCAGCAAAUCUUCCUCGAGGCUGGCCUGCCCAAGAACGUCAUCCAGUUCCUCCCUUGCCCCAACGGCGAGCCGACUAUCUCGCUCGUGAACCGCGUCAUCGACCACCGCCUCUUCGCCGGCUUGCACUUCACCGGAUCGACGCACGUCUUCCGGGGCCUGUGGAAGUCGAUUGCCAACAACGUUGACAAGUACCUGUCGUACCCUCGUCUCGUCGGAGAGACCGGAGGCAAGAACUGGCAGCUCGUGCACCCUUCGGCCGAUCCCCGUGCGGCCGCGAUCCAGGCCCUUCGAGGCGCGUUCGAGUACCAAGGGCAAAAGUGCUCGGCCCUAGCGCGGUUGUACGUCCCCAAGUCGUUGUGGGAAGGCGAAGGCGCAUUCAAGAAGGUGCUCGUCGAGGAGGUCGACAAGAUCACGCUCGGUGCGGUCGAUCAGUUCGAACACUUCAUGGGCCCCGUCAUUUCGAAGCAAUCGUUCGACAAGUGUAUCGGCUACAUUGAGAAGGCCAAGGCUGCUGGCGGCGAGGUCGUGUGCGGUGGAACUGGCGACGACUCCGUUGGGUACUUCGUCAAGCCGACCGUCAUCGUCACCAAGGAUCCCAAGUCCGUCACAAUGGUCGAGGAGAUCUUUGGGCCGGUUAUGACCGUCUACGUGUACGAGGACGCCGAUUUCGAGAAGACGUGCCAGUUGAUCGACACAACAACAGAGUACGCCCUGACCGGUUGCAUCUUCUCGACUGACCGCGUCGCGAUCGUCAAGGCCAACAGUCUAUUGCGCAACGCCUCGGGCAUGUUCUACAUCAAUGACAAGUGCAUCGGUGCCGUCGUCGGUCAACAGCCUUUCGGUGGUGCCAGGGGUUCGGGAACGAACGACAAAGCUGGAUCAAUGUCGAUCUUUAUGCGCUUCGUUCAGGCGAGGUCCAUCAAGGAGACCUUCUUGCCCCCUCUUGAGUUCGCGUACCCCAGCAACGUUGCAUAA